GGUGGCUGCCAUUCUGUUCCAUUUCGGGCGGCCGGUACACACGUGUUGACGCGUCGCGAUCGGUCACGUCACGUCUACGCUCAGUGCCACCGUGACACCAGUAGACACGCUCAUACAUCCCCGGGUACUGCUACUCCCAGCCUCGGCUAGUCUCCCCUAGGCAGACCCUCAAGAAGACCUCUGUGACGGAGGCGUCCACCCUGCCGAGCCUCUAUCACUAUUCCCGCCUCUGCGAGCCAGGCUCGUUCGCAGCCAACCUUAACAGCCGUACGAUGGAUCGUAAAUUUCCCAACGAGCUCACCGACGACAUCAGCGACUGUCUCCGGGAUGACCCACGGACGUUGCUGAGCUGUGCGCUAACAUGCCGAGACUGGCUGUCCAGGAGCAGGCGCCAUCUCUGGGAAUACCACAAACUCGUCAUCACAAGUGUUGCCGAUCUAGCUUUCCUGUCGGAUCGCCUCGCCCGGCCUGAAAAUAAGCAGUUCUACAGCGAUAAGGACACCACGAUGCAGAUUCGGGAGGACGAGACAAGACCAUUCGCGCACACGGUGCCGUUACGCAUACCUGGCUCAUUUCUUCCCAGGCUUGAAAGCACAAAAUUCUCUCACAUUGGCACUGACCUGGGAGACCACAGUCCUCGAAUAAACUGGCACAACAGCUUCUUCCAGCCUGUGCUCUCGUCGUACAAAGCGGUGACGAGGCUGAAGCUUUCGAAUUGCCACUUUCACGUUGCGAGCAUCUUACGCCGACUACUCUACGCACUCCCAGCUCUCAGGGCGGCGACUCUCGUUACGUGACGUUCGUGCCUCCUCGCACACCCCUCGCCCUAGAGCUUGUGCGCCGUCGGCGGCGGCAGCUAGGUGCAUUGAAAAUAUUCUCAACGAGAUUGAUAGCACACAACGAAUUGCUUUACCUCUUGACACUAUGUUCUGGACUCAGGUGUCUUCACAUCGAUGCAAAGCAUGCAGUGGCAACCUCAUCUCAGGCAGACAUGAACUUCGUUCACCUCCCAA